GAAGAGAUAACUAUUAACUAACUAUCCCACCCGCUCGGUGACUCCGAUAAACAUUUUCCCGGAAAAUUUCCCUGCGGAUCGAAGCUGGACUCAAUGUCUAGGUUUGUGUCUUCGGUGUUCCUCCUGUUGAUUUCAAUCUUCCUGAUCACUCGUGAAGUAUCCAGCUCCUACGCUGGUUCCGCUAGUUCCAUUGUCGACCCUUCUAAAGUCAAACAGGUUUCAUGGAAGCCAAGAGCUUUUGUUUACGAAGGUUUCCUCACAGAGUUAGAAUGCGACCACUUGAUCUCUUUAGCCAAAUCAGAGUUGAAGAGAUCUGAAGUAGCGGAUAAUGAUUCUGGAGAAAGCAGACUAAGUGAAGUUCGAACAAGCUCAGGGAUGUUUAUUUCUAAGAACAAGGAUCCUAUUGUUGCUGGUAUCGAGGACAAGAUUUCAUCAUGGACCUUUCUUCCAAAAGAAAAUGGGGAAGACAUACAAGUAUUGCGAUAUGAGCACGGGCAGAAAUAUGAACCACAUUAUGAUUACUUUGCUGAUAAAGUCAAUAUUGCUCGGGGUGGACAUCGAAUUGCAACUGUUCUUAUGUAUCUAUCUGAUGUGAUCAAAGGCGGUGAAACAGUGUUCCCUAAUGCAGAGGACCCUCCACGCCCCAGAGGUUCUGAAAGUAAAAGUAGCGAUGAUCUCUCAGAUUGUGCUAAGAAAGGAGUAGCAGUGAAACCACGUAGAGGGGAUGCUCUUCUAUUCUUCAGCCUCCACCCUAGUGCUAUCCCAGACACCCAGAGUCUCCACGCAGGAUGCCCAGUAAUUGAAGGUGAAAAAUGGUCAGCAACAAAGUGGAUUCACGUGGACUCAUUUGAUAAGAUAGUGGGAGCCGGAGAGUGCACCGAUCAGCAUGUGAACUGUGAGAGAUGGGCCGCUCUUGGAGAAUGCACUAAUAAUGCUGAGUACAUGGUUGGUUCCCCAGAUCUUCCUGGCUACUGUAGGAAGAGUUGCAAGGCAUGUUAGAAUUGCAGCUGAUGGACGCUUCCCACGUAAUUAUAUGCCCAUAGCCUUUCAUCUGUUUCUUCAUUGAUAUUUAUCAUUCUCGGAUUGCAGUUAUAUGCCUAAUUUAUAAUGGUUUUGUCCUUGCUAAUGGCUACACUUCCAUAGCUGAACUUGUUGGUAGUAAAGCUGAAAUGGCUAACCGUGCGGAGGUUGCCAUUAUACUCAUCUAAUCAAGAAUUAGUUUUGAAAUGAGUUUAUAUCUGGAU